AUAUGUUUCCAGCUGUGGUGCCGAGAGGGAGACGGACCAGCUUCUUUUUCUUCGUACAACUCUCCUUUUAACAAGAUCCUGGCGUCACUCCGCCCUCCUCCUCCUUCUCCUUUUUCUCUCACUCACAUACGUUUCAUGUGUGUGUGUGUGUGUGCUGUACACACACACACUGCGCCAUAAAACUAUCGAAGACAGCCGAGCGGACCGACAGUCUCGCCCAAUCUGUCGAGCCGGACAGACGGAACACUCGAAAAUUCGACCAAAAACAGUUUCAAACAUUUGGUUUUGUCCCCCGCCAAUAGUGUUUUCUUUGAGUGCUGUGUUGAACAAAUCGGAUUGUGUUAUAACUUCUUCGCGCGCGCUAAAUUUGAAUUGCAAAAUUUCUCAAUUGUGAUUCGUUUUGGGAAUUCAUUUCAUUACAUUUUUGUUACUCCGAGGGAGCCGAGUGUUGGUGAUCGCCAUGGCGCCACAGAAGAUCGUCAACGCAACAGAUCCGAACCAGGGACGGGCAGGUGCUCGAGAUUGCGAUUCGGCUCGUUGCGGGAUGGACGCCGGCUGUCGUCAGGUGCCCGACGGCUCAUGGAUUUGCAUCUGCACUCACGACUUGUCACUUCAAAGGCCCGACGGAUUUUGCCCGCGCGUUGUCGUUACUGGACCUCAUCAUCCGAGUGCAAACAAAAAGACCUUCAUUAGCAUCCGCAAACCAGCAUCAGCGGCCGGAGUCAACCAGACGGCCCAGCAGAGCAAACAGCAGCCACUCAUCGAUCCAUCCAGUCAUCCCAAUUCGAUUCCCACCUUGCCAGGGUCUCUUCCGGCUCUGGACGGACAGCUGAACGCUUCGGCGACGGCGGCCAUCACUUGGCUGGUCCCAGCGCUGGGAAUCGUCACGAUCCUGUCGAUCCUGUUUUUGCUGAGGCGUCGGAUGCGCAACAAAAAGAAAUCGCGACGGGCCGCCAGCUCGUCCGGCGUCGUAGAAAGUCGACACCAUCACCACCAUCAUCAUUAUCCAUCGCCUGGCAAAUUGACGGGCAAUUCGCUUCUGCCGGCCGCCGGGGAAAUGCCCGUCUGUCUGACCAAGAACGUGUUGCACCAGGAGCGAUUCACCAACAAUCCGGAAUACGACUGGAACGCGGAUAGAGGAUCGACGGGCAGCGGAGGCGAUACGAGCCAGCUCCUGCAGGCCAGCGGCAGCAGCAGUGGAGCAGGCGACCAGUUUAAACCAUUUGUCAUCAUCCGGCCAGAAUGGAUCGAAUUGAAACAGGAAAUUGGAGAGGGCUGCUUUGGCAAAGUCUUUCGUGGAUCGCUGCGACGGCCAUCAUCGGCGCCCAACGCCCAACCAGACGACGACGAACAAGAAGAAGAAGAAGAUGAAGAACAAGAAAUUCACUUUGAUGAUGAAGCGGUGGCUGUCAAAGUUUUAAAAGCCGCAGCUGGACCAGCUGCCCAGGAGGAUUUGCUCCAGGAAGCUGAAAUUAUGGUUUCCUUCUCUCAUCCAAACAUCCUCUCGCUCAAAGGCAUCGUCAUCAACGAGCCCAAUAUUGGACCAUGGCUCGUGUUCGAGUACAUGGCGCUGGGGGAUCUGGCCCAGCUUCUACGGUCCGCCAAUGGCAAUCUAUUUGCCAAAACCAAAACUGCGCAUUGUUUGAAUCAGGAGGAUCUGCACUCGAUCGCGGCGCAAAUCGCAGACGGGAUGGCCUAUCUCUCGUCGCAGCAUUUCGUCCAUCGCGACUUGGCGUGCCGCAAUUGUUUGGUGGGUGAACGACCCCGAGGCGGCGGUCUGGCCGUCAAAAUCUCCGAUUUCGGAAUGAGCCGUGACGUCUACACUUGCGAUUAUUACAAGAUUGGAGGUUCUCGGAUGCUGCCGGUGCGAUGGAUGGCUCCCGAAUCGAUCCUCUACGGUAAAUUCACGCUCGAAUCGGAUGUCUGGAGUUUCGGUGUCGUCCUGUGGGAGGUCUUUGCCCUGGGGGUACAGCCCUAUUACGGCCAUUCAAACGAACAGGUCGUUAAACUGAUCCUACAAGGGAUCCUCCUGACUCCUCCUUCUUCAGCCCCGCCCCUCAUUUGCCAGUUGCUAAACGGUUGCUGGAAAACACAGCCGGGGGAUCGGCUAACGUUCGCCGAAAUCCAUUCCAAGUUAAAGCGUCGCCCACACUCAAACGACCAUCAGGGAACUUGGACGACGCAAUCGACAACCGUCACCUACGUCCAUUUGAGACACAACGAGGACAACAACGUCGAUUCCAACGCCGAAUACCUUCAAACGCUACCGGACCUGCCCGUCCACCACUACUCCAACACAUGAAAAUAGAAAAAGAGAUCCUUUUUUUUCCUGCUUAUUUUUCAAAAAUCCAAAAGAAAACUUACAAAUAAGAAACCCAGUCAUUUUCUCUUGAAAUUUUUUUACAGACAAAAAAAAAAGUUAAAGAAAAAACUUAAUUUAAAAAGAAAAAUUGUCUCAAUGUUGUUCAUACGUAUUUUACCUGAUUUGUGUGUUUGUGUUUUAAUUUUUGUGUCGAGGGAAAAAAGAAAAAAAAAAUGUUUCAAAAAAAUGACGCACGACGUGCACAGUUUUAUGUCGAUUUGGAAAAAAAAAGAAACGAAAAAAAUUGGAUCAAGACACGAAAAAAAAGGGGGAAUCAAAUUUGAUGUUGGGCAAUGAAUCAUCAUCAUGUGGGGGGGGAAGUGAGAGAGAAAAAAAAUAAGAACCUCGUUUUUAAACUUAUUCGAUUGGCUCUGAUUGCGAGAGUGGGUGUUCCUUAAAUCAUUUUUAGUUUAGCUGAAAGAAGAGAAAAAGAUGCAAAAAAAAUAUUUUCUGGCAAAUACAAAAACCGAGUUCAAAAAAGGAGAGAAAAACGGGCGAUGACACACACAAAAAAGACCGAAAAAAAAAAGAGUUUGGUGAAUUUCGAUCCUACCAAUUUUCCGGGAAGUUUUUUUUUUUUUGAAUAAUUAAUAAAAAAAUUGACAAUGACGAAAAAUGAGAAAAAACAUAUCGGCCUAUGUCUUUUUUCCGUGGAGAAUCCCGGGGCACACAAAAAGAAAAACUCUAAAGGUAAAGUUCGUCCUCUUUUAAUUUUUCCUCGAAUUAAAUAUGAUUCUAUCUUCUUUCUAGAUUGUUUUUUUCCGAGUGUUAUUUUUAAUAUACCGCGCAUCUUCUA